GCCCGAGUCAAAUGGGAGACAGAUUGAAACUGUCUGUCACUAAGUUUUCAUUUAUGGAAACGGAAGGAGCCUUCUAGUAUUUGUCGGUGUGAGAUUGCAAGCAAUUAUAUGACCUAGGUAAUCUUUGAGGUUGUUUUGCUUUUGUUUCGGUCGGAUAACGCACGGAGCGCUGUUUUUUUACAUGACAAGUCGACAACGAUGGUAUUCUUCAAGACCUGUUACAUAGUUGCCUUUUUAAUGACCGCAGGACUUUUCUUAGCUUUUGCUGAAGAUGAUUUGAUUAUAGUGAAAACACGAUUUGGAUCGGUCAGGGGAAAUACUCGUCGUUUUGAUGACCUCAGCAUGCCCAUCCGAGCUGUGGAUAAAUUUCUUGGGAUUCCGUUUGCAGCGCCGCCUGUGGGUGAGUUACGGUUUAAGCCUCCGCAGCCCCCCCAGGUUUGGAACCCGUCCAUUUACGAUGCCUCGCAUUUUAAGGACAUCUGUAUUCAAGAUCCUGAGUACAAUGAGUUCUUCUGGCCAAAUCUUUCCAUUCCACAAAGCGAAGAUUGCUUGUAUCUAAAUGUGUAUUCACCCCAUCGGAACUCGAGCUCCAAGGAACUCUUUCCAGUCAUGGUUUACAUUCACGGAGGGGGCUAUGAUGCUGGAACCCCCGCUGUCAGUCCGGGAGAUGUGAUCCCCUUAUGGGGUGUCGUUCUGGUGACCAUACAAUACCGCUUAGGCCCCUUUGGGUUCAUUACUUCUGGUGACGUAAAGGCUCCUGGAAAUUAUGGAAUGUUGGAUCAGGUCGAGGCUCUAAAAUGGAUCCAAAACAACAUAGAGCCCUUUGGGGGUAAUUCGUCGGCGGUUACCAUAUUUGGUGAGAGCGCUGGAGGGUCCAGCGUAGGCCUUCUACUCUUGUCCCCUCUUACGAAGGGUCUUUUUCACCAUGCAAUAUCGAACAGCGGAGUGGACCUCUCCCCUUUUGCCAUUGGGUCAAACGAAGAAGUAACAAAACAGAGCAAGAUGGCCGCCAAACAGGUGGGUUGUGAAGUAGAGGAUAGCGGUGGAAUGAUCAAAUGUCUACGUUCGAUUGACGCCUUGAAGUUCUCAGUGAAGGAUGCAAAUGUGUGGAGGCCCAUAGUUGAUGGAAACUUUCUUCUGGACACUCCACGAAAGCUGAGAAGGGCCGGAAAUUUCCAUCAUGUUCCGUACUUGGCAGGGUUUACUAGCCAGGAAGGCACCUACUUUUUCCCACAACUCCUCGAGAACACAACACCUGAAGAUUUCCUUCAUCGAACUAAGGAGGUAUUUAAUAUGAUUGGCAACGAGUAUGGACAAAUGUUGAACGGAGAUCUUCCAAAGACUCUUCUCGAUACCUUAAUGUUGUUGUAUACACCGUGGCCCGAUCAAAAUGAUCACAUUAAGGUGAAAAUUGCAUUAGCAGAUGAAGUCGGGGACUUCACCAUGAGUGCCCCAACGCAUGCAGAUCUGGCUCUUCACAGUAAAGACGCUCCUGUGUUCAUGUACGAAUUUGCACAUAUGUCUACGCUCAACCUAAGGCCCGCAUGGAAAGGACCCUCACAUAAGGAUGACACCCCGUACCAGUUCGGGUUUCCUUUAAUGAAUCUAACCGUUUUACAACAGUAUAACGAGGCAGACCGAAACCUAAGCUACAUGUUAAUCACGCUUUUUACGAACUUUGCCAAAUAUGGUAAACCCACACCACAGCCUGUCAACGGUGUAUCAUGGGAAGGAUUCAACACGAGUCACAUGGUGUAUCUUCGUGUCCAGUCGCAGCCUGAGAUGGCUGUCAACUACAAACCAACCAAAAUGGCGUUUUGGAAUGAGUUCUACGAGAGGAUGUUGUUAGAGGAGCCCCACACCUGCCAUUCUACAUCUGGUGCUCUUAAACGGUGCUUCCUUUUCCGUAACUUUAUCGUCUUUUCUUGCGUCUUUUUGUUUGACAUGAUUUUUGAUUAAUAAGAAAAAAUAUCUCCAUUUGUCACGUAAAAAUUAGAGAACAAAAUCAUCUGAAGUCACGGAAAAAGGUAGCACCCAGAUUUUUAAUGUCUCUGAAGGAUUGUCUUUUCAGAGGAGCAAAAAAACAGUGGUGCUGUAGCGAUCAGUUGCUCAAGGCUUUAUGUCGACUUGCCUGAAUUUUACACAUUAGAGGGCUGGUGUUUAAAAUAAAGAAAUGUAACGUAGGACUACCCUUUAGCACAAAAAUGUAGAAGAAACAGGUCUAGUUUGAAAAUUUAAUGAAAUUCUGUUAUCUUACCCUUCUUUAAGACUAGAAAUUAAAUAGGUAGAGAGCUUUGUGGAGGUUUUGCCCCAUUUUAAUUUGCCCCCCCCCCAUCACCUUUGCAAGAUGGCCUCUGAAGUAAAACGAAAUCGCCCCCAAAUGUUUCAGCUCGUUCCUUUACGGCAAGAUUUAUUUCUUUUUUGCUCGAAUCAUAUUACAAGAAAGCCGAAAGGAAACAAGUUGAAAUAGUUGGGGGCGAACUUGUAAAGGUGGAGGCGGACUUGUUUUACUUUAGGGGAGAACUCUAAAAGGUGGUAUAGGGCGAACUUGCUAUGAGGAAAAAACCUCCAGAUGCCGUUAGAGAUACUGGGGACUGGGAACUUGAGAUGCAAUGGGAAAGAGAAAUAAUGUUAGUGAUACGCCUCUGGGGUAGGGAUGGGGAGUUGUAGGAUUCUGGUGGAGAUGGUUUUCAGGUAUACGGAAGAAGGAUCAGUCGUCACCAACAGAGAAUAAAGGGGCGGGGGGAACCAUAGAAAAUUGGUUACCAAUGGAGGGGGGGGGGGGGUCGUAAGAAUAUUACAGAGCCCUAGUGGAGUCAGGUGGAUUCGUCGUCACACAACCAAAAUCUUCCACCCCCCUCCCUCCCCCAGACAAUAAAUAUUGAACGGUCCCUAAUCACCAAUUAUCCCCCUCCCCCUAGGGCAUCCGAGACUCGAAAGGACGGAAUAUUCCCAUUAUGAGACUUUGAUCGGUGAUUGUCCUUAAUCUGGUAGAACCAUUAACCAUGACAGUUAUUUGAAGGCAGAAUUAUUUUUUCUGACAGUUCUUUCUCUAGAAGAAAUAAAAGUGAAUGGAGAUUUUAAAAAAAAU